GUCUCGUCAAACCAAUCCAACGGCAAGUACGGAGAGCCCAUCCUUAGCACGGUGAGCCCGUUCGUAGGAUAGCAAAGCAAAUACUCUCUCUUUCUCUCUCUCUCUCUCUCUCUCUCUCUCUCUCUCUCUCUCUCUCUCAUGCGAUUCAACUCUCUUUCCUCAUUGUUUAUGGUGGCUUUCACUCUUAAAUUUUUUUAACUAGAUUAUUGCUCGAAUAGGUUCUUGGGUGAUGUGAGAUAGGCUCAGGCGAUUGAUCAGGGUUAUAUCUCAGGUAAGAAGAGAGGAAUAAAAGCUUACCUCCUGUAGUUUUUGUACGUUUACGGGGUAUGUAAAGCGUCUAAAUCUUUAUAUAACAUUCGUAAAGAUGGAGCAGACAAGGUUGAAUAUGAGGAGUCGCGGAUCUGGUACAACCCCAUCAGAGGAAUCGGCUUUGGAUAUCGAACGAAAUUGUUGUAGCCACAGUAAUCUGCCGUCACUAAGUCCACCAACAUUGCAACCGUAUGCGUCUGGUGCACAACAUUCUGAGAGCAAUGCUGCUUACUUUUCUUGGCCUACUUCCAGUCGAAUAAAUGGUGCUGCUGAAGAGAGGGCGAAUUAUUUUGCCAACCUACAGAAAGGGGUGCACCCUGAGACUCUUGGCCAGCCAAAAGGGCAGCAAGCAACCACCUUGCUCGAGCUCUUGACGAUUAGGGCAUUUCAUAGCAAAAUUUUGAGAUGUUACAGUCUUGGCACAGCUGUUGGGUUUCGUAUUCGGCGUGGUGUUCUGACAGAUACUCCUGCUAUUCUAGUUUUUGUUUCCCGGAAAGUUCAUAAGCAAUGGCUCAGCCCCAUCCAGUGUCUACCUUCUGCUCUAGAGGGACCAGGAGGUGUGUGGUGCGAUGUGGAUGUGGUGGAAUUCUCCUAUUUUGGUGCACCUGAGCCAGCUCCCAAGGAGCAGUUAUAUACAGAGAUUGUUGACGACCUCCGUGGGAGUGACCCAUGCGUUGGUUCAGGGUCUCAGGUUGCAAGUCAGGAGACCUAUGGGACUUUGGGUGCUAUAGUGAGGAGCCAGACAGGCAAUCGACAAGUUGGUUUCCUCACAAACCGACAUGUUGCAGUUAACUUGGAUUACCCUAAUCAGAAAAUGUUUCAUCCAUUGCCGCCAACACUUGGACCUGGUAUAUACCUUGGCGCAGUGGAGAGAGCCACUUCAUUCAUCACAGAUGAGCUUUGGUAUGGGAUCUUUGCAGGCAUCAAUCCAGAGACAUUUGUGAGAGCAGAUGGGGCGUUCAUCCCUUUUGCUGAUGAUUUUGACAUGUCCACUGUAACAACAUCAGUGAAAGGUGUAGGAGAGAUAGGAGAUGUAAGAAUCGUAGACUUGCAGUCUCCAAUCAAUAGUCUUGUUGGAAAGCAAGUGAUGAAGGUUGGAAGAAGUUCUGGGCUGACAAAUGGAACUGUUUUGGCUUAUGCCCUCGAGUACAAUGACGAGAAAGGGAUAUGUUUUCUAACUGAUUUUCUGGUUGUGGGUGAGAACCAACAAACGUUUGAUCUUGAAGGAGACAGUGGAAGCCUAAUCAUACUAAAGGGUGGGAAUGGUGAGAAGCCUAGGCCAAUUGGGAUCAUAUGGGGUGGAACUGCUAAUAGGGGUCGGCUUAAGUUGAAAGUUGGUCAACCUCCGGAAAAUUGGACAAGUGGGGUCGAUCUUGGGCGCCUACUCAACCUCCUUGAACUUGAUCUUAUCAUAAGUAAUGAAGCACUAAAAGUGGCAGUGCAAGAACAGAGAGCUGCUUCGGCAACUGCAGUUGGCUCGACAGUUGGUGAUUCUUCGCCUCCCGAUAUAAUGCUCCCAAAGGACAUAGUUGAGCCUCUUGGUCUUCACAUUCCUCAUAUCCCGUUGGAAGAUGGAGCUGGUGUCCUGGAUAUCAACUCAUCGCCGGUCGAAACUGAGUUUGAAUCAGAAGAUAAGGUCAAGGCGGGUCCUAGUGUUGAACAUCAGUUUAUCCCCAGCUUCAAUGGAAGGUCUCCACUUCACCAGAACAAUAAACUGGAUAGGAUGGCAUCUGAGAAUCUCUCUGCACUCAGAGCUGACCCUGAUGAGGAUCUCUAUGUUUCUCUGCAGUUGGGUGACAAUGAACCCAAGAGAAGGCGGUCCGAACCCUCGACAAGUACAUGAAACUUUAGGUUUUGAACUACAAUUUCUAAAUCUAAAUCAGUUUUUAGUUGUGGUUGGAGCUAGGAGAACUUUUGAUUUUGUGUAUGGUGGUUUGGUGUUGUGACUUCCUUUCUGCACUGGGAUACGCAAGUCUCUAUCCACUUGGAUAGGAAAAUAUUUGGCUUUAACGUCCCAAAAGGAUUGACAUUGUACAACUUCAUAAACUACGAAGCACGGAACUUCCAUGAUGGAAGUAGCCUUUACCGUUAGGGAAAUAUAAGAACCAUGUUUAUGAAGCUUUAA